CCGGAUGAAGAUUUCUCAUCCUCACAUGUGUUGAUCGUCACAAUCCGGGUUUCUGUUUAUAACAUCGAUCUAGUCAAGAUGGGAUCGACGGAGCGUGAUAUGAAUAUCACAGUGGGCGUGUUGGCUUUACAGGGUGCUUUUAACGAGCAUGUGCAACUCUUGAGACAGGCCGCUCGGAUCCUAGCCACUAAAGACGUCGUCGAGAGAGACUGGACUUUCAAAGAAGUGCGGACUGAGGCGGAAUUAUUAUCAUGUGAUGGUCUCAUAAUACCUGGAGGAGAAAGCACAGCAAUAUCGCUGGUGGCACAGAGAUCAAAUAUGUUGGAACCUCUACGGGAUUUUGUUAAGGUCACAAGAAAGCCAACAUGGGGAACCUGUGCUGGUCUCAUUCUAUUAGCAGAAUCUGCAAACAGAACAAAGAAAGGCGGCCAGGAGUUGAUUGGUGGCUUGGAUGUCCGAGUCAACCGUAAUCACUUCGGUCGUCAGAUCGAGAGUUUCGAGGCCGACCUGAAUCUCCCGUUUCUCAAAGAUAAUGAUGUUGAAUCAAAGCCGAGUCCUUUCAGAGCCAUCUUUAUCAGGGCGCCGAUCGUUCAGAAGCUAUUACCAACUGUCUCGGGCAUCCAGGAAGGCGAGGCAAAAGUGGAUGAUACAGUCAUUGCGCCGUCUCGACCCAUUGAUGAAAGUGUUGCAAAACUUAUCAAUCUUGGAAACGUUGAAAUCAUGGGUACUCUGCCUGGACGAACUGCCGCUAUCAAAGACGAUGGCACGAAGGGCAUGUUGGAUGCUGAGACUGGGGACAUUAUUGCUGUCCGUCAAGCAAAUGUUUUCGGAACGAGUUUCCAUCCAGAGCUUACUGGCGAUCCACGGAUACACGUAUGGUGGCUGGAGCAAGUAAUAGAUGCUGUUAGCCGAAGAAUUGACCCUUGAUAUUACUCACACCGACGAUAAUCCCGUAUGUUUACUUAGCUUGCGUGCAUUUCCUGCCACGCUCGAGGGCUUUUAGAAAGGUCCAUAGACCACCGAAGACGGAUGCUGGAAUUGCCAAGUGCAAUAAAGAAAAAUUGGUCAGGGUCCUUGUGCCAAUAUGAUAGGAUUGAUUUCCGUUGUUGUCGUUGCCCAUGUACCAAGAAAUCAUGAAAUCGGAAUUGAUCGAUCAGCAGGCCACUAGACUUGAGUGGCUGUAUAUACCCAGAGCCUAUUUGCCAAAGCAUUCUAGAUGUCUUGCAUGCAACUACUUUCGAACA